AUGUUUUUGUCACCCGAACAGUUUGUCCGCCUCACCGAGUAUGCCUCCUGUAAGUUGGUGGUCGUAUCUUGAGGGCAAGUUGGUAAAGGUUGUCUUUUGGGAUGGAGAGAUGAUUGAAGUGGCAGUUUCUGAGAUUUAAGCAUUUAAAAAUGGCAUUUUUCAGCCUUUAAAAGUUUAAAAUUCAAUUUUUUUAACUUUCGAAAUUCGAAAAUAAUGCCAGUUUUAUACAUUUAUAAAAGAGAAAGGCUAAUUUUUAGAGGUAUAGUACAUAUAUCAGUGUAGACAUGCAGAUACAUUGAUAUAUAUAGUAUUAUACUAAGGUAUUCAUAAUAGAUUAGCCACUGAUUACAUUGCCAUUUCAGAUUCCAGCCACAAACUGGUUGAUAUGUUGCCAGAGUUUCAACCAGAUGGAAUGUUCUUCAAGUACCUGUCAGAUGACCUACAGGUAAGUAAAGACUGUCAUGUAUAUCUUUGUUUAGACCAUCGACUUUACCGGCUUUGUCCAAUUCAUCAACUGUUACUUUGGGGCCGAGUUGCCAUUGGACCUUACUCAACAGUUCUUUCUGUCAUUCGUACAAGGUGGAGAACAAAGUAAGGCUUACAGAUCUACUUGUAUUAUUCAAAUCAAGGUUUAGUGUGUUUACAGAGUUGUAAAUAUUGCAUAUUACUUUUCUAAAUAACAAUACCGAUAAGAAAUUACUGUAACAUUGCUUUUCGUGAAGUCUUAUGUUUCAGAAGCGCCCCCACAAACAUUCAGAAGACCGUCCUUUAUGACUCACAAGCUCAGUAGUGUAGCCAGUCCAUCUACCUCGGCCAAUCGCAAGAAAUCGACCAUGCAGCCUCAGAACAAUGUUGUAAGCUUAAUUAUGUCAUACUGUAACAUGUUAUUUUCGUAAAUAAUUCGUUUAAUCACAUCCUGAUAACAUAGUAAUCUAUUAUAUUAUAGUAUUGCGUGAAAACUAUAUAAUAUUGUAGCAUAACGUGACAAAAACCACAUCAAACGUUUUCAAAAUCUUUUUGCUAAAGCUACAGUUUCUUACUGUAUAAAACCACCUAUACCAACCAUCUUCACCAUGCUUUUCAGUUCAACAUAGACGCGAACAAACGAGUACCUCUGAAGCCGUUGGUAUGCUACCUCUCCCUACUGGAAGGUGCUCCACCCGAAGACAAGCUCGAGUUCGUAUUCCACGUUUACGACUCUGACGACAACGGUUUCCUCGACAAUAAGGUGGGUAAUUACAAACAUACCACGCACUGUAAUUACAUAUUACUUUAGGAGAUGGAGGGCAUAAUCGAGCAGAUGAUGAACGUGGCCAGAUACCAGCAAUGGGAUACGAUAGAGUUGGAAGGAGUAAGUCGGCCUGUUCUCAAACCAUGGGUUUAGAUUCUGCGCCAAAUGAUGCAAGAGAUUGACUACGACAACGAUGGCAUCGUAUCUUUGGAAGGUGAGGUGUUGGUGUAGGUUACUGUCAAUGUAAAGUGGAUUGUUAUCAUUAGUUCAUUGAUAGUGCAUUACUUUAUUUUACUUUUUACUUAAUGUAUAAUAUGUUGUUGUUAUCGACGUUAUCGUAUGUUAUGUUACUGUAGUACAAUCAAAAACAUAUUAACAUUCCUUUUACCUUUCAAAUUAAAAACGUCAUAUUAAAGUAAAAAGACAUUGUCAACCUAUAUAAACUAUAUUCCAUAAACUUUUUGACCAAGCAUAUUAACCAUGACCUGCGUUCCAGAAUGGAAGCGCGGCGGCCUAACCACGAUCCCCUUGCUUGUGCUACUGGGCAUUGACACGGUAAGCCCCCGAUGACGUCAAACCAGUUUCGGCUUUUUUGGGCGAACGUCGAUGGAACAGUCGAGAGAACGUUCGCCCAACGAACCAAGACACUGGUCUGAUUGGGUUUGCGCAAUUAAUUGAUUUAGGAAAUGAAAGAAGAUGGCUGCCACAUCUGGAGACUCCGCCACUUCAGCAAGCCCACGUACUGUAACGUGUGCAUGAACGUGCUCGUCGGAUGGGGCGGCAAGCAGGGAUUGGCCUGUUCUCGUAUGUUGUUUAUGAUAUUAUUCAUUAAGGAGUUUUAGAAGGGUUUAAAGGUUGUUCUGAGUUAUUUUUUGAUAAAGUUGUUAAGUGUUAAACAAAAAACAUCGCUAAUUCAAAUUAACGAGUAAUCGAGAGUGUAAAAUUGACAAAAAACAACGACAGACAAUCAAAAAAGGUUUAAAACAAUUUUUAAGGUCAAUUGUCGCUAUUUUUCAAUUUUUAAAAAUAAAAAAAAGCAAAUUACUGUUUUAAAAGUUUUGAAAUUUAAGUAUGCAAAUACACAGUACACGAAAGAUGUGUACGAUCAGCUCAAAACUCAUGUAUCCACACCUACAACCCAAACCCGUCCAAAGAACAGAUCAUGGCCCACCAUUGGAUCGACUCGAACAGCGCGGCCAAAUGUGUGAAGUGCAAAAGUACAGUAUCCAUUUUUCAAGGGAAGCGUUGCAGAUGGUGCAAAAAUGUAGUAGGUAUUGCUAUUAAACAGGUCUAAAAUUUAAAUUUUGGUUUCAUUUUGAAACGGCCAGUAAAAUAUACCGUCGAUCAAAAAAUAUUUCAAUUCUCAUAUUUACUAAUGACUAGUACAACAUAUAAUUAUUCCUUUAGCUCCACACAAAAUGCAUCGACCAAUGGCCAAAAGAAUGUGACUUUGGAGUUCUAUCGUAUCACGUCCUACCUCCUGUCAAUAUCAUCCCCACUUUCCUCGACCGGUCGCAACAACAACAUGCAGGUAAUCUACUUCAACUGACUGCACCAAAAGGUAACAAACGCCCUUUAUUGGUACUAAUCAACCCGAAAAGUGGCGGAAGACAAGGCGAACGAAUCUACCGUAAACUACAGUAUCUCCUCAACCCAAGACAAGUCUACGAUCUGUGCAAAGAUGGUCCUGAAGUGGGGUAAGAGCUAUACAGUAUCAUGAUGUCAUAUUCAUGUAAAAGCGGUGACAUAUGUCAUCUUGCAAGAGUAAUUAGUCAGUAAUUAACAUGUUGCCUGAAGACAAAUUACAAGUUAUUGUGGUUUCCAGAGUUACUGCCUAUUCAAGAACUAAUUACUACAGUAAAAUCUAGCAGAAAAAGUUACAGAAUGUAACAUAUAACUAUAUUAAGCGAUAUGACCAUGUAUACUAUCAGUAGUAUUCUAAUUCCGUGAAUAUUUCAGAUUAAACCUGUUCAAGUCGAUUAAAAAUGUAAAUAUAUUAGUCUGUGGAGGCGAUGGUACUGUCGGUUGGGUACUAGAGAAGAUGGGUAAGUGAACAACAUUAUAUUUUCAAAGAUUGCAUAUACAUAACUUAAAAAUAAGAAGACAAUGAUUCAACCUCUUAAUUUGAAAAUUUAGACAAGAUUGACUACGGAGAGAAUCGACCCCCAGUAGCCGUUCUACCUUUGGGCACAGGAAACGACCUAGCCAGAUGUUUGAAAUGGGGAGGUGGCUACGAGAAUGAGCCGCUCCUCAAGAUUCUACAAAGCAUAGAAAAGUCUACACAGGUAAUAAAUCAAAUGUGAUUAGGUGCUCCUAAUUUAAAUAAAAUGGUUAUUAAUUGUCAUCAUACCUUUUUUAUUAAAAUGAGUUGUCAUAAUGUCCCCGCUAUGUCAUUGCCAACAUAUCAAACACAAACUGAUCAUUUGAAAUCCUUAUUUAAUCUUCAUAAUAACACCACCAAUUCCAGGUCCUGAUGGAUCGUUGGCAGAUCACGAUCGAACAAACCAAGAAAUGCGAGAAAGGAGACCCUCAGCCAUAUCAUAUCAUCAACAACUACUUUUCGAUAGGAGUUGUAAGUACUUGAAUACGAUUUGUACUGUUUAGGAUAUCUUCAUAACUACAAGUUUGCAUGACACAAAAGAUUUUUAUUAUUACACUGUACUGUUUAGGACGCCUCAAUUGCUCACAGAUUCCACGUAAUGCGGGAAAAGUACCCGGAGAAGUUCAAUAGUAGGAUGAGAAACAAGUUGUGGUACUUUGAGUUGGGUACCAGUGAAACCUUGUCCAGUACGUGCAAGAAACUGCACGAACAAAUUGACAUUCUGGUGAGGUUUUGGAAGUUUAAACUCAUGUUAAUCUUAAAAUCGAGUCUCAACACCUUGUUUUAGUGCGACGGAGAAACGAUUGAUCUCGGCAACGGCCCCAAUCUAGAAGGAAUCGCCUUGCUCAACAUAGCCUCCAUAUACGGCGGUAGUAACAUAUGGGGCAACAGUAGGAAACCCUCGAAUUGGCAUAUCCCCUUCUUGUUCCCCAAGAUUGUAAACAGCUCGACCCAACUUCAGAACCGAGUUCAGGACAUUGGCGACAAGCUGGUCGAGGUGGCUGGCCUCGAAUCCGCCAUUCAGAUGGGUCAGAUCAAAGCGGGUGUGAGGGGCGCGGCCAGACGGCUGGCACAGUGUUCUACCGUAGUCAUACAGUAAGAGACUUUUGAUUUCAAACAAUUCAAGACAUUUAAAAUAUUGUCUACCACUUAUAAAUAAACUUACAGGACUCACAAACCCUUUCCUAUGCAAAUUGACGGUGAACCGUGGAUGCAGCCUCCUUGUAUCAUCCAAAUCAUACACAAAAAUCAAGUUCCAAUGCUUGUUGGGACUUCUGGUAGGUCUUUUGCUCUUACUACAUUCUGUAAACCACAUAAAUUAAACGUUUUUAAAAAUAUUUUGGUCAAAAGUACAAAGAACCUGCAUAAAAAAGGUAACGAUUAUAUCCACUUUUUAACAAAAAUAAUUUGUUCUAUAUUUCCUUAAAAAUAGGUGACUAUAAACAUAUUAAAGUAACAUUUUUAGGUAAACGGAAAAAGAGCUCGUGGAAUAUAUUAAAACGACAACCGACGGAUGACACAUAA